CGCACGUCAGGCGCUGCUUACUGUUGCAUCAGGCUUUGUUUACAUCAGCGAUUCGUGCUUAUUUCUCUCUCAACACUUGGACUUCAGUGAUCCACAGCUCCCAGACCAGCAGCAGAUGUUCAACUGGUAGUAGAGGCAAGAUGGGCAGGAUAUGUGCAGUGAAAGACUGUGGGAAUGGCACAUAAUCUGUUGAGCGAUGAGAGCAGAGUGUGGUACACACCUGUAGGCUUGCAUCUGGGGAUUGUGAUUGUCCAAGGCCAUUUCAGCUAUUCCCAUUCCCAACUGAGCCAGCCAGGAGAGCAGAAUGGACAAAGUUAGUGAACAGAAAGCAGCAGCUGGGGUCCGGCAGUGUUAAGAACUGGAUAAUUCUCGUGUCUACAGUGUUCACUUUACUGAUGGGAAACGCACGAAACUGCACCCAAACCCAACACUUCAACUUUGCUAUGAGCUAAAGCAGGUUAAAGCAUGCAGAAGCUAAUCGUCAUGGUCAGCCUGUCCGCUCAGUUCGUCCCGAGCCCUCCACCGCCAAGACCCUGAUGGAUAUCGGUACCCGUCGCAUUUUCACUGAGGACCAUGAUCUUUUCAGACAAAAUGUCCGGCGCUUCUUCCAAGAAGAGGCAGUUCCAUACCACAGCGAGUGGGAGAAGUCGGGUCAGGUCAGCAGAGAGUUCUGGGAGAAGGCCGGGCAACAAGGCCUGCUGGGAAUAAUGACACCAGAGGAACACGGUGGCAUUGGAGGUGACCUGUUUUCUGCUGCUGUCGUGUGGGAGGAGCAGGCGUAUUGCAACUGCACAGGUCCAGGAAUCAUGGUGCACUCUGAUAUCAUCAUGCCUUACAUCGUCAACUAUGGCACCAAUGAACAGAUCGACCGCUUCAUCCCCAAGAUGAUUGCUGGGAAAUGCAUCUCAGCCAUCGCCAUGACAGAGCCAGGAGCAGGCAGUGAUCUUCAGGGUGUGAGGACGUAUGCCAAAAAGGACAGCAGUGACUGGAUCCUCAAUGGCAACAAGGUUUUCAUAACAAAUGGUUGGCUGUGUGAUGUUGUGGUGGUUGUGGCUGUCACAGACCGUGACGCCAAAUCUGCAGCACAUGGCAUCAGUCUGUUUUUGGUGGAGGCCGGCAUGAAGGGCUUCCACAAGGGACGCAAGCUGGAGAAGAUUGGCCUGAAGGCACAGGAUACAGCUGAGUUGUUUUUUGAAGAUGUACGGCUCCCAGCUGACGCCCUGCUGGGGGAACCCAACAAGGGAUUCUACUACCUGAUGCAAGAACUGCCACAGGAGCGUCUGGUGAUUGGUGACGUAGCCAUAGCGAGCUCUGAGUUCAUGUUUGAGGAAACCAGGAACUACGUUUUGCAGAGGAAGGCUUUUGGCAAGACCAUUGCUGACCUACAGACUGUGCAGCACAAGCUAGCUGAGCUAAAGACUGAGAUCUGUGUGGGCAGAAGCUUCGUAGAUAACUGUCUUCAGCUCCACUCUGAGAAACGACUUGACAGCUCCACUGCCUCCAUGGCCAAGUUCUGGGCCUCUGAACUCCAGAACAAGGUUGCCACUCAGUGCCUACAGCUCCAUGGAGGUUGGGGCUACAUGUGGGAAUAUCCCAUCGCUAAGGCGUUCGUGGACUCCCGUGUUCAGCCCAUCUACGGUGGCACCAACGAGAUCAUGAAAGAGCUGAUUGCCCGCAGCAUAGUCAGCCACAAGUGAGGAAAAUGAAGCAGAGGAGGAACAAUCUGAGGUGCAUGUGAUUGAUCAUGGAGGGUUGUGAAAGUCCACGAGGGAACUUAACAGAUAGAAUUAACUGGUAAAGUGCAAUGAGAGAAUUACAGACUGUUUAGAAAAUUUUGAAUUAGCUGAUGAGCAUGUUGUAUGAAAUCAGAUUUUUCAGGUUUGAUUUGAA